AUGUUUCGGCGCGGUUUAUCAGACGCAGAAAUUGCGGAUUUGAUCAAUCAUAGCGACACUCUGGAUAAUGUAGAGAGUGAUUCAGACGAUUCUGAAUGCAAUGGUGUGUUUGAAGAAGACGAGAUUGAUGACAGUUUGUCUUCAGAUGAAGACGAGAAUGAUGUUGAAGGUGUUGCUUCAAAUCCAGCAGCUGUGCCGUAUCCGAAAGACAGUGAGUGGACUGCAGUUGACACCUACCGACCUCUGCCUGUCAACACGACACCCAGGCAGAUACUAGUGGAUAUUGAUGAGUCGAGUUCUGUACUGGAUUGCAGUAAAGUGUUCCUUACUGACAGUGACGUAAAUGAACUCAAGAGACAGACAAAUUUGUAUGCAUCACAGACAAUACAGAAGAAAAGAAGAGGAAAUAAUCUGAAGCCCCAUUCAGUUUUGAGUUCGUGGAAGCCAGUGACUAUAAGUGAGAUGAGGCGUUUCUUGGGUAUUAUUUUCCACAUGUGUGUUUCGAAAAAGCCCAAAAUUGCGGACCAUUGGAGCACUAAUCCUGUUCUUAGUUGUAACUUUUGUCCCCAUGUCAUGAGCCGUUUGCGUUUCACUCAGAUACUGUCAUGCUUGCAUCUUGUUGACAAUUCAAAUCAGAAAAAACCAGGCGAAGAUGGAUUUCAUCCACUUUACAAAGUUUUGCCAUAUUAUAAUAAUUUGAAGGAGCGAUGUAUCCAGGCAUAUCGUCCCUCAGAAAAAGUGACAAUUGAUGAAGGAAUUUGCCCAUUUUGA